UUUCCACCAGACCAUCUCCAUUCCAAAACAUUUGCGAUUUCCAUAUUUGUUUAAACAUAACUCUCUUUCUCUCUCUCUCCUUCACUACCUCUUAUUCUUCUGCUUUUCUUCACCAAUCCUAUCUUUUCUUUCUGGCUUUUAUUUUCCUUACAUCUGGAUUGACCCAUUUUUGGUAAAACACAAAGAGUACCCCUUUUUCUUAGAUUCUUCUUCCUCCUCUUAUCAGCUUCCAAGUCAACCUACUUCAGCUUCUGUCGGCUGUCUCUCCCCAGAUCUCAACAAAAUAUCUUCGUUUAAGACCUAAACAAAGUUCGAUUAAAUGACGGAAUCUGAUGAUGCCUCGCGAGAAUCACCAGCCAGAGUAGUAGAAACCUCUUCAAAUCAAGAUCUGUCCAAACCAGAAUCGACCACUCCUGUCUCGCUCGAUCUCAAGCUCAACGAUAGUUUCAACGAUGACACAAAGGGAACCAAGUGUGAAUCCAGCCCGAGAGUCUUCUCCUGCAACUACUGUAGACGCAAGUUCUAUAGCUCUCAAGCCCUUGGAGGUCACCAGAACGCUCACAAGCGAGAAAGAACAAUGGCUAAACGAGCAAUGCACAUGGGAAGAAUGUUUGGCCACCAUCAUAGGCCUUACACAUACUCAUCCUCUUCCCUUGGGAUGCAGGCUCACUCAGGUGUACUUCACCACAGCUUAUCCCAGCCUCAGCCUCCUCUUGCAAGGUUUCAUCACCAAGGGUAUUUUGGUAAUACCGUUCCGUUGUUCUUUGACUAUGACGAUGGUAGUGACUUCUUCUGGCCUGGGAGCUUCCGUCAGGUCGUUGAGGAAGCUGAAGCUCCUGUGGUGGUGGCUGUUACAGAGUCAGGUCUUGAUCUGAACUCUGCUGCAGCUAAUGGAAGUGUAGUAGAUAAUAACAAUAGCUCAAAGCCUGAUCUUACCUUGAGACUCUAAGGUCUGUCAUUAUAUCUUGUGUUCUUUUUCUAUUGUUAGAAAGUAUAACAGAAGAUAAGUUGGAGAACAUAUGAUAGAAACUGAUGCAAAACUUUUGUUGUUAUAUAUAUCAAGUUUGUUACAUUUUUAUUUCAUUUACCAUCUAGGAGGUGAAGUCUUUGGAGGAUGUUCUGUUGAACUAAAUUUGGUAGGAUAUGGUAGUUGAUGUUCUUAUAAGAUAUGAAAGAUUCCCAAGUCUUUUGCGAA